AAAAUCUUUGUCAAUAGAUCCUGAGUGAAUAAAGAUUUCUUGAUUCUUUAUUGAAAGUUGGAAGAAUUUUCUUAAUGUCAGUUAAAAUUUCGGGUAGAUUCUGUGUGGUAAUUUUGUGAAAUCACAAACGCAAGUGUGUCAGAGAGCUAGAAUGUUAAGACUUUAGUACUUCAAAACACCUGUUUGAUACUUUACAAAAUUAGACUUACGGAACAUUUCGUUUGAUCGGACCAAAUAUUUUCGUUAUUCAAGGAAGAUAGCUAAUAUAUACAUCUUAAACUAUGCGUUUAACCUACAUAACUCUUGAAUGUCUGAAGUUGUAGAACUGCUGUUAUGCACCAACCGGCGGUAAAUUAUCGGAAAUGACAACUAUUCUAUUUGAGAGAUGCCAAAUAAUGUAUCUCGUUACAAUUAAUCUGUAACUUGGAGAAGCAUUUAAACAAGCUUCACUGUAAAAUGUUUCUUUUCACUUCUUUUGUUAGAAAACUAUCUCCAUCUUUUGUAGGCUGUAAAUGAUCUUUUGCUGAGCGUCUCUGGGUUAAGUGAAAUCUGAUUACAAAUGGAUGAAAUUAAUAUGAGUCUACUAAAUAUAUCAACAAAUGAUAAUAAAGAACUACCUGUCAUGUGGAUAAGACAAUUAAUUUCAAAGCUUAAUAUUUCUCCAGACAUUCGAAAUGAACCCUUAUUUGAAAAAGCUGUCAAUGAGUUAGCGUCUUCAAAUCUCGAAAACUUGUCUUCCUCAGUGUAUCAGUUACGGACCAUUCGCGAUGUUCUAAAAAACAAGAUUAAGUCAUUGGCUGCAGAAAAUUAUCACAUUUUUAUAGAUACCAAAGAUGCAAGUCAGAAUAUCUUGGAGAAGACUUCAGAAAUGUCAACCGCCAAUCAAGCUUUUCUAUCACAAAUUACUGACUUUACACAAUGCUGUAGUGAUAUCUUAUUAAAGACUCGCUCCAUUGAAGCCUCUCUUAAAAAGAAUAGAAGUGCCUUAGAAAAUCACACACAGUUACUAGAGAUAAUUGAACUUCCACAGCUAAUGCAAACUUGUGUGCAUAAUGGUCAUUACGAUGACGCAAUAUCUAUUUUUGCUUAUACUAAGACGUUGUUCAGUAAAUAUGGGUCAAGGUACUCUGUUUUACGUAUGAUAUAUUCGCAAGUGUCUGCUGUUGCUUCACAGUUUGUUCAUCAGUUGUAUAACCAGUUGAGAUCACCUCUAUCUCUUUCUUCGUGUAUCAAGACCGUCGUAUUUCUUCGUAGAACAGGACUAUUGAGUGAACAAGAACUGCGGUUGAAAUUUCUCCAGACACGGACAAAUUGUCUUAAGAGUCAAAUCAACUCAUCUUUAUUGGCAUGUACACCAAAGGAGUUAGUUGGAGUAGAUAAGAGGGAAAAGCUGUCAGGAUUUCUCCCUUUUAAAGAGUCUCAUGAUAAGUCCUAUUGGGUGGCUACACGACGUAUUGAAGUGACGCGCGUACAUCUAUUUGACAUAGUCACACAGUAUCGAGCGGUAUUUCCAGACGAAGAUAGUAUUCUUCCACAAGGAUUGAAAAUUCAAGGAAAGUCACUACUAUCUAAAUACUCGGGGAAUCCAAUUUACUCAAUUAAUUUAUUAAAGGGAUCUAAAGAUAUGGAUUAUUAUGAAUCUAGUCCAAAUUUGUUACAUGCUUGGUUGGUUAAUCAAGUGGCAGAAUUUCUUAACAAUCUCUGUAGUGACCUCCAAACUAUGAUGUAUCAACCUAAAUGUACUCCACAGGAGCUGACAGAUCGUCUGUUAAGAGCUACUGCAACAGACUCUAACAAUUACAAAAAUAAACCAUUAGGAAAUAUUUGUUUAGAGACGCUAUUCACUCAGGUGCAGUCAUUAAUAUCACAAUCAAUGUACUUUGGACGAUCAUUUCAUCGGAUAGGCUGUGAUUUCAGACCACAUUUGGCUAACCUUUUUUGUUACCAAAUUGAAUCAUUUAUCAAGAAUUAUAUUGACAGUAUUGUAUCGGAGUUUAAAUUUGCACUUGCUAAUUUUAUUUGGCGAAUUCCAUCUGAUGAAAAUGUUCAGAUUAAUGGAACAACUCAUGAAGAAGUAAAUAACAGUGAAUUGAAUUCUUUUACAAAACUGACUAAUAUACUACUAGAAUUCCCUCCACUAAUACUGCUUUACAAUCAUUUUGUUGAAUUAUUUCAUGGAUUAAAUAUCUGUUGUCCAACUGGUUUGAAAAACAGAAUUAUUAUUAUUGUAUCAAAUGGUUUACAUGCUUGUUCAUUAUCUAUAACAGAAAUUUAUGAUCAAUUAAAAGAACAACAAAUUGAUAAUUGGUUAAAUAAUGAUGUUUAUUAUUUAGCUAAUGCAUUUUGUACAUCAUUAACUUAUUGUAUUUUAGCAAAUUUAAUUAAUUAUUUAUUUGUUGAAGAGAUUGAUAAUAAUAUUCAAAUACCAAAUGGUAAUCAUAAUAAUAGUAAUAAUCCUAUGUUAUUACAUCGUCCACUUUUAUCAAGUUUAUGUCAAAUAAUUUGUAAACCUAUUUAUAUAAAAUGGUCAAAUUUACAACCAUCAAUAUCAUCAAUGGAAUUUGUAUUAUUAAAUAAUAAUUCUGAUCAUAAUCUUAAUCAGAUUUCAUUAAUAAAUAAUGAAAGGGAAACAAUAGAUUCUGUUGUGAAUAAUACUUCAAAGAUUGAAACAAUGUCAUUAAGUGAACAAAUCAGUGUAAAUGAUAUAUCUGAUAAUCAUAUUAAAAUUGAUACAAUAAAUAGUUAAUCAUAGUGUGUAUAAUACUUAUUCUCUUUUAUUUUAUUACAUUCUACUAUUGUUAUUUGUGUAAACGACUUUAUUUAUUUUUGUAUAUUUUAAAUUAUUCUUAUCUGUAUUCAUUUUACGCUCAAUUUUUCUUAUGAGUUCGUUGUUUUGGAUUGUAUUAACUGUGAUAAUAAUACAUAUAGUUAUAGUAGUAAUUGUUUCUUAAAUAUAUAAUGGUCAUUCAAUGUGUACGCUAACCGUUAGAGACUAAUGCUGUGGUCAUCGCCAUGUUAAUUUCUAUUAUCAACAAAUAUAUAUAUUCAG